UCGUCCUUCCGGCCCAAGCUAUUAUUUAAAUCUAUCAAUUAGCGGCCCAUGGUCCUAAAAUUAGGUCAUACGCUUCUAACACGUACCGAUCCCUAAUAUCUGCGUGAAAUGAAACGUUUGUGUCUUAAAUAUGGCGGAACUGAAUGCAGCCACUUGAUGGAGCUGUCAGUUUGACAUUUGACAAUCAAAUGUCAGUUCUUUGACACGCGGAAGUUGAGAAGAUGGCAUCCUCGCGUAAACGUGGUUUGAUGGAUGCAGAAUUAGAAAAAUAUUUAAAUCUAAACGAGUCCGACUUAGAACUUAGUGAUUUUGAUGAUGAUUUACUUGAUGCGGAUUUUCAACCCUCAAGCCGUUAUCUUCAGUCAUCUCACUCCUCAUCUUCGUCGUCUGAAGAUGAAAAUGAAGUAGUACCUCCAGAGACUCAGACAGUUACUAGUCCGAUUGGAAACAGAAAUGUUGCAUGUGCAGAAUCUCACAUUUCACGCCGUUCUCGUGGAGGUCCAAGGACUCGAAGCUGUUCACGUGGUCGUGGUCGGGGAAGGUCAUCGCGUGGACGCGAUGUUUGAUGAUUUUUUGUUGAUGUUUAGAUACAUAUACAAGUUUUGAUUAGUCAUUGGUUAAGUACAAUGUACUACCUACGUUUACUUAAAUAAACAUGAUUAUACGAUAA